AUGGAGUUCCUUAGAAUCUCCGACGAGGCCCCAAACCUCACAACCUUGCCUACCGAUAUUCUCUAUAUUAUCCUCACCUACUUAGAUACCGCAAAUAGCGUUGCCAAUUUAGCAGCAUCUUGUAAAGACUUGCAUCAUCUUGUUACCGAGAGCGGCUGGCGUAUAUUUGUCACAUCACGUUUCAACACAUUCAAACUGUCUGAAAUUUCGUCAGUGGAUGAAUGGCGGGAACGUGCCUAUUCACUAACUUCACAGUCGAGAGAUUGGGAUAGGCGUGCACUAGCUGUUAGUGCCCUCAAACCUGUCGUGAAGCAUCGCGGACGCGCCUUCAAUCGCUUCAGUCCCUCUCAGUCUAUUCCUAGCAAUAUCAUAGUUGAUGCCCAUCACCAACGAAAAGGAAACGACGCUCAAGACCUUGUAUUCUGGGGUGCCGGCGAGGAUAUCUUUGGUUUGCUGCGACAUACCCGGGGGUCCAAAGCUUCCAAUGAUGAGUGGUUCAGUGGUAGAGGCGCUACAGCUGGAUAUCAUUCAGGCAAGGACGACGUCACUUGCGUAUCCAUCCUAAAGGAUGCUAGAUACAAUUAUGGCCAAGACGAAUCCCAAGUGUUGGUAGGCAGGGCCAGUGGUCACCUUCACUUGUUGUCGAUGGGUGCUUCAAAUUUUGGGGACACGCUCUUAAAUUUUCGAGCCUCGUCUAACCCUUCCGAACUUGAUACUGAAGCUACCCGUCAGGCCGAUAUCCAAUCCCUCGAUGUCAACUAUAGGCAAGGAACACUCGCAGCAGCAACAAAGCAGAGUAUCCUAACAUACUCUCUCAACCACGAUGUACAGCCUGUUCACAAUACAAAUGACGAGGAUGGCUUGAAAACAGGUGCCACGCCAUACGUCUGGGCAGACGACACUCUAGUAUUAAAAGACGAUUCGCAGUCAGGAGCCUUCGAGUUUAUCCGGUCUAUCAAAUUCGUGAAUGGAGACACUCUAGCGGUAGGCCUGAAUAAAGGCUAUAAACCACUUCAGUAUCUGAAAUACACACCGACGGGGGUUGACAUAUCUUUCGCUGCGAAGGCAAGCAAUCAUCAUGAUACUACCAAUGACUAUAAGCUCAGAACAGUUAGGGCAAUCUUACCCGUAGAUACAAGCUCGCUCGGCAACGGCAGCGGAAAUGCCGUGCUCAGUUCGUGGGACGAUGGCACGAUCCGUCUCCAAGAUCUCCGUACACCAUCUCCGGUGGACCAAAUAUUCCAAGACAACUUCGAUCUCUCGACCCCGAUCAACGCUCUGCUCUCGCGGGGUCUCGAACGCUUCGUCGCAGGUAGUGCUUAUUCUCCUGUGCUCAAGGUAUUCGACUAUCGCUGGCCCAAGGGCUACUAUCACACCAAGGCUCUCCCCUGCGGGAACGACGAGCCCUAUCCAGCACCACGGCCCCCAACUAUUGUAACAGAGCCGUCUUUCUCAGAUGAUCGCAUUGCGUGCGACUACAUGACCGGCAAACGGUGUCGCUGGCAUGAGCUUUCAAAACACGAUUACUACAGACCGAACUUCAAUACGUGGCUCCCAGCCUCCGCCAGCGAUACCUCUCCCAUCUACACGCUUGCAUCGCCCUCAGACGACUCGCCGACGUUAUUCGCGGGGCUCUCGGGGAUGCUAGUCGAAAUCACGCCUAAGAGCAGCACGCGGCCUACAACACGACCUAGCUUCGGGCCCGCAAAGGACCUCGCGUACGUCCGGCAAGUUGAUAGUGUGGCUUUCAUCGAGACCGGCUCUGGGUUCGCAGUGGAUGAUGUCUCGCAGUCGCAGCGCGUGCCCCCGAUGUAUCGCCAAUUCUUCAGGGACUUGACCGAACGUGACCGCGGACACCCGGAACGCGCCAUCUGGAGGAAACGACAUCGUUUAGAUGAGUGGUUGCAGCGCUGUGCCUAG